ACGAACGGAUGGUGUACGUUGUCGCUCGCGCUAUCACCACGUUCGCCUCGUGAUUUUCCUUCCUGUCACAGUCACGCUCGUUUUUUAAGUGUGAUGAGUCGCGCUUAGGUCAGAGUUUAUUAUAACAACGUCUCUUUUUUUCCCAUCCCUUUUCUAUUCGCUCUCUUUUUUUGUCUGUCACUCCGUCCUCUUGUCGUUUUUUAUUUUUUGUCUGACACGCCCUGGUCUUAAAAGAAGAGAAGAGAAGAAAGAAAGAAAGAAAGAAAGAAAGAACAAAAGCAAACUCACGUGAAAAAUCUUUUGUAUGACGCGUGUUAUUUUCGCGCACGUAGACGAGCAUCCCUGUCACGUGCGCGCGCACAGAGAGAUUGUUAUCCUACAAUCUACUACUAUAUCGGCGUCGCACGUGCGCGAUAUACAUAUCGAGGAGCUGCUUCGCGGACAUACGUGCAUAGAUUUAGCGCGUAACGUGCGCGAGCAUGCGUGCGAAUCUACGAAAUGAGUGGAAUUCCGUUUGACGGAGUCGAGCGCCGACGUAGUCGAGUUAUAGCAGCGCGCGUGGCGAUCAGCUGAUCGCACGGAACGAAGUUGCCCGCGCGUUCGUCGGCGGCAGUCGGCCACCAGCGGCUACGUUCGCGCGUCAUCGUCGCACGUCGUCGCACAUCGUCGCCCGCCACCCACCCGUCGUGUCACCCCGUGCCGUUCCGUACGCGGCAGUACGGGCGCGUCGACCACGACUAGAGGACGUUUUUCGGUGCGCUGUGGUGUGUUUAUAUGGUCGGCUCACGCACGACACGCGCGCGUGUCCCGCCGUCAUGCCGGCAGUUCGCGAUAAACGUGUGUCGUCCGCGCGCGAACGAUCGUCGGCGAUGCGUGUCGGCCGCGACGAGAUGAUUCGUCGGUGAUCCGGUGGCGAUGUCAAGCACAUCGGCGUGAACGUUGCCGCAGGAAGUAGUUUUUCCCACCCGCAGGGCGGCAUCGAGAACGUCAACGGAGAAGCGGGAUCGCUUACCUCCUCCGACGUGGAGACAGUGUUCGGUUGUCAAUUCGAACAGCUCGUUUCCGCGACGAGCGUCGACGUCGUCGCGACGCGAGGUAUGUUCGUCGCGCGAUUUCCGUUUUGACUGUACAUAUAAUCGUGCACGAGUUCGGACGGUGCUGUGCGUCGCACGGAAGCAAUGUUAGCAAUGUGACCCCCGAGGCUCAAAACAGUGCUGGACCAGUGUGUGUGUGUGUGUGUGUGUGAAUAUACAUUUAUCCCGUCGUGAGUAUUUCUACUGCAUAAAUGAAACGAGUUGUCGAUUUUUGCGCACGAGUUUGAGAAUUUCCAAAUUCGCGCCCUCUCUGCCUACCCAUCUUUCCCGCCCAUCCCCAACGCCGUGAAGUUGCGCCGCUGGCGUCGAGAUUUCUGAUGCAGUUUCGACAGUUCGCUCGGAAGCACGGGAUGGCGUAUGGACUUUGGCUCGUAUCGGCAAGUUUUCGCAGAAAUUCGAACUAAGCUGCCCCGGUGUCGUCCGGGUGCUCGACCGGGAUAUCGUGAUUACGCACUGUUUGUGACAAUCGUGUUCAUUGAGCCUCGGCGCGACUUUCGCGAAGGAUUAGAUUCUCGAACUCGCCCGUGCGACCCAAGUGUCAGAAGUUUUCGUUUCGUUGUGUGCGUGUUGAACGGUUAACACAAAAGUGAAAAGUGGAAAUCUCUGUGAUAGGCGCCGCUCGGAUUAAACGAAAAAGGUGCAGGGCUGGUAGCAGUGUUUCCGGGAAGCAGGUUUUUCGAGAUAACUCUGGUGACCGGAACCGAACGGGCCAGUAUUCAUGCCAGUAUGCCAAUCGAAUGCCGGUAGACGAUCAAUAUUCGUCGUCACCGCGCGAUAGCCAAUUAAUAAGUUACUUAGCUAGAUCAAUUAAUAGUUAAUAAAAUAUCCCAAGUUGGAUAUUUGUCGAUUAUUUGCGACAGGAGAGACAGGAACGCGUGUGGAUCCGCAUUUUUUUGCACGAUCGUGUAAACAAUAAAAAUCGCUUUUCGUGAAUAAAUACGUCCGCUUAUCGUACUUCUCUCAACGACAAUAAUUUUCGGCGUCUUUUCAUUCGUGUCGUCAUAUUUAAGAGGCAAAUAAAAUAAAAAAAGGGGGGAAAAGAAAUCCGGUGCGUAUAAUCUCGAUAAAGUGAGAUCGACUUUUUUUUCUCGCGGCUGUGUUGAGUGUGAAGGAAGAAGAAAAAAAGGACAGUUUGUAACAAAGUGAAGUGGAAGCGGACACCAUCCCGGCGAUCAUCACGGUGGCUGGAAACGCUGACUUACAUCGGGAGCGCCAACCUGCAAUCAAGGUUCAUGGUUUUCAUGGAGGAGAGCGAGCUCUCGAGCAAGCGGUGGCCCAGUGCGCCUCGCCGUCCGGACAGCCCCUGCAUCCUGGGGGCACCGACGUCUAGGGAGGCGGCGGGACCGCCGGUGCAGGUGGAACCAGUGGACCUGUCCGUGAAAACUCCCGUGGUGUUGCAGGUGCCGCGGUACAGUCCGGCAGCGAUAAUUAACGCCGCCGCAAGAAGAGUGCCGUCACCUUCAACGACGCCCACGCCACCGCCGCUGCCGCCACUCUGCGCAUCUACCGCGUCACCAUCCUUGCCACCUUUGAGCGAAACAGCGUGGGACAGAGAUCGCGAUCGAGAUCGAAGUCGGGAAAGAAACCGGGAGCGCGAGAGGGUGCGGGAGAGGAGUGGCGAGAACGAGAGGGAAUGUCAACAAGAACGAGAACCCGCGAUCAGGGAGAGAGAUCGGGAAAGGGAGCAAUGCGAUCGCGAAAGGGACAGGCAGCGGAACCGGGAAAGAGAUCGGGAGAGAGACGUAUCGGUCUGCGUGAUGGAACCGCCCGAUUCCGUCUUCCCGAUUUCUCCUUCCGCCAUUCUCGCGUUACAGAGGAUAAAGGCUUCUUACGCAUUCCAGAAACGUCCGCUGGCGGGAGGUAUCGGAUUAGGGGGUAGAGGAAAUGCCGGCGUUGGCGGAAACGGCGGCAAUUUAGGUGUCGAUGGUGAUUGCGGCGACGCGUUGAAGAGACGUAAGGUUCACAGAUGCGACGUCGCCGGCUGCGACAAGGUUUACACGAAGAGUUCGCAUCUCAAGGCGCACAAGAGGACCCACACUGGCGAGAAGCCGUAUCAGUGCACGUGGGAAGGUUGCACGUGGAAAUUCGCACGAUCAGACGAGCUGACGCGGCACUAUCGCAAGCACACGGGCCAAAAGCCGUUCAAGUGCCAUCUCUGUCAGCGAUCGUUCUCGCGAAGCGACCAUUUGUCGCUUCACAUGAAGAGGCACUGAUGAAAAGGGCCGUCCACAGAAUCGUGCGACGCGAGAGAAAGCGCACGCUGAUCGACGAGAGAGGUGAGAAACGGUCCUCGGCAAUAGGCCAGUGAUCCCGAGUGAUCCUGGAGCGAGAGACGGACGAUGAUAUUUCUUACAUUUGGGACCUGAAGAGCCGCGUCGCGAUCCGGCCCGUUUCGGAAUCUAACGAGGACGGACUGGUUGAUCGGACGGGCAGCAACUAGGAAAAAGAGAUUGACGAAACAAACAAAUCGUUCAUUAGGUUUAGCGUUUAAUCGCGAGCAAAGUGACCGCGACUCUGAUCAACUAUAGUCGGCUGAUUCUCUCGAUGCUGUCUUUCGCGAGUCUUUCGAUGGAUUUUUGCAGUGUUGCAGCUGCAUGAUAACCGGUAUCUUAAAUUAUGAGCGUUGAACGCGAGAGGAUAAUUGUUUUGCCAAUUGUCGGGCUUUGACAAAGGCGCGUCAAUCUGGUCAUUUCACGAUUUUAAGAAAGGAAAGAUUUGCUUGCGCAAUCGAGUUCGUAGAUUCGGCACGACGAGAUGUAUCGUUAUUAUAUAUACGUGUAUCUGUUCUCUUCUGUGUUUCUAGCCAAUUUUUAUUUGUUCUAUUUUCCAGUUUAUAUAUAUAUAU